CCGGAAAUGACCCGGAUUCAAACUUUCAGUCCCGGCUUGGUAAAAACAUCGAACGAUCUGUGAAUUCUUGUGGAAUUUUGCUAAUAAUACAUUGAGAAUGCCCGUGUGCAUCAUUGGACACGGAUUGACGCCUUGCAGUUAGGAGUUGACAUCAGAAGGUGUAGUGACUGUUUCCACGGAGCACGGACCGGUCUAUAGUACACUACCGAGAUCUUUCAAACGUCAGACCCUUUCUCCUUGGCGUGCCCAGUGCAGGCUGGUGAUAUACAUUCGGCAGGAUGACGUGCAGGGAUCGAACCAACGAGUUCCAGUCCGCCUGCAAAUCCCUACAGAGCAGACAGAAUGGUGUUCAGCACACCAAGCCAGCCCUCAGUGCUCUCAAGCAACGCAGUGACUUCACCCUCAUGGCCAAGAGAAUAGGGAAGGACUUGAGUAAUACAUUUGCUAAACUAGAGAAACUCACUAUAUUGGCUAAAAGAAGAUCUCUAUUUGAUGACAAGGCAGUGGAGAUUGAAGAGUUAACCUACAUCAUCAAGCAGGACAUUAACAGCCUGAACAAGCAGAUAGCCCAGCUGCAGGAUCUGAUCCGUUCACGAGGAGCGCCCAGUGGCAGACACAUCCAGACCCAUUCCAACACCAUCGUCGUCUCCCUGCAGUCCAAACUGGCGUCUAUGUCCAAUGACUUCAAGUCGGUUCUAGAAGUAAGAACAGAGAACCUGAAGCAGCAGAAGAACAGGAGAGAACAGUUCUCUCAGCGUCCUGUCUCUUCUCCUCUCCACGCCAACAACUUCAAGAGUUCAGUGUUGAUGCAGGAUGAGUCAAGGAGUAUGGCGGCUGAGGUCGCCAUCAACAUGGACAACCAGUCUAACCCUCUACAGCUCCAGCUCAUUGAUGAGCAGGACUCGUACAUCCAGAGCCGUGCAGACACCAUGCAGAACAUAGAGAGCACCAUCGUAGAGCUGGGCUCUAUCUUCCAGCAGCUGGCUCACAUGGUGAAGGAGCAGGAGGAGACAGUACAGAGGAUUGAUGCUAACGUGGAGGACACUCAGCUCAACGUGGACAUGGCUCACACGGAGAUCCUCAAGUACUUCCAGUCUGUGUCCUCCAACCGCUGGCUCAUGGUCAAGAUCUUCCUCGUCCUCAUCGUGUUCUUCAUCGUCUUUGUGGUCUUCCUCGCCUGAGCAGGGAGAAAUGAUAGAUAAAGAAGUGGAGGUUGAAGAAGAGGGAGAUGGAAAAGUUCAUUGUCUUUUGACAGGUUGCGUCACUCCUAUGAAACGGUAGUCCCUUGACCAAUAGUUCAGACGGAGUCAUGCUAUCUGACAUAAGACAAUGGGAAAGGUUGGGCUGAGACGAGGGGUUGCCACAGCAACAGGACAAUGGGACAGGUGGGGUGUUAUUGAACGGUUUGGGACUUGAGGUCCAGCAGCCCAAGAAAUUAUAGUAAUCUGCUGCCUAAAGCCCUGGAGAGCGUUUCUGGACCCUAGCAGAUCUAUUCUGUUCCUACAGACAUUGAUGAAAUACCCCUAAUGAAAAGGAUAUGCUAUUGGAACACGCUUUGUAUAGUAUAAACAGAAUACUUGUCAUUCUGUUCUUUGUUACUUUAGAGAAUAAUUCAUCUUAAACAUUUAAUCAAAAAUGGCUUAUUUAAUGGUUUGAUUCUGCAAACCUAGUUUUGUUUCUUGGUAGAUUUUCUUUUACCCCUCAUGUAGCUUAUUGUUGAUUUGUUGUAAGAUAGGGUGUAAUCAACUUUCUCUCUGACAUGAGGGCCAACACAACAGACUGGAGUUUUCUUGAAUUGUAAUCAUUUCUUUCGAUUUUAGUUUUAUUAAAGAGAGACUUGAACAAUU